AUGCGGGAAAAUACGAUUGCUGCCGGCAUACUGCAUGGAAGAUCUCUCUCCUACGACAUCACUUACCGCACUCAUCUUCAGGAUUUGAUAUUUGAUCUCUAUCGCGACCAGCACACAAAUAAGAUCUACAUUCCUAGAUUCUUCAAGGAACUUGUUGAUGCUGGAAUACGAAAAGAUGAUCCAAGGCUCGCGGAAAUGAUAAAGCAAGUACGAGAUGCAGAACAUGUGGACCAAGGUGUAUUCGAUCAAGAAUAUCUGUUUAUGGACAAAGAAGCAUUCAGCAAGUGUGUUGGCGCAAGUAUAGGAGUAAUUGGAAAGGCAUUGAAGAAGCAGUUAGUAAUUCCGGACUGGACCACAUUCACAGAUGUGAUGGAAGAGCUUUUCACGGGAACGAAGCGAUAUCAAGGAGGGCAGCUACAACUUGAGACACAUCAUGCAAAAUGUAUAGUUUGA